GCAGCCUGCUGUAAUAAACAGUUGGCGCUAUGUGGCAGCCUUUUAUGCGUGAUGGUCGAUAGUGUGGAGGCCGAGGCAUUCUCUGUGCCUCCACCGCCAGAGGUUGGUCAACCACGGAGCCCGGCGACAGCUGUGACAUUCCUCGAUGCGCCUUCCGAUGCCGUCAGACAUGAAAAUAGCCACCGUAGUCUGGAAGCUUGGCCUCCGAACUCAGGGCACUGGAGGCUUUUUCAUGCAUAUCAGGUGAUCGAACUGGUGGCGUCCUCCUUGGCCCUGACGUGUUGGACAGCCAUGUGUGUGUUAGAUGUGUCCGGGUACUGGAAUGUGCCAUUCGACUCCGAAGACAGUCUGCUCUCGCAUGCUUUGUGCCUUGGUGUUUGGUGUGUAGCUUGUACAGUGUUUGUCGCAAGGCUGAGUAGCAUCUGCCGUCAAAGGGACGUGUGGCCAGACUUAAAAACAUGCCGGACCAAAGUGGCAGGGCAUGGUGGUUUUCGUUGGGAGCUGCUGAUGCUUCUGGCAACCCAAUGGUCUUUAGUUUCGGGAGCUCUUGCAUGGCUCGUCUUCCAUGCAGUGAACCAGCGACGGCCACAGGUCAUGGCUGGCCUACUGGCUAUUUUGGCAUUGCUUGCCCUCCUACUUUGCACAGUCGUUAACGUCCUGAGGGAGCACAGAAGGAGGGUGAAAGUGAUCUCGGGCACGUCGGUUACGGCGGCUCCACCAAGCCCGAAGGCCGAAGAGAGACCAGCAGCGCCCGACGUGGACUUGAGGAACGAUGAGACGCUGCACGGUCGCACCGAGAUGGAGCUGUCUUCAAUGACUUCAAGCGUUAUGCUUGACUUGAACCGGCUGUCCUUCAAGUCGCACAGGUCUUCGGCCAGGUCUUCGGCCAGGUCCUCUACCCAUGACCAGGAGGACUCUCUGUCCACGUCCGGAAACUAUCUUGGAAAGCUUUGGUCAGAUGAUGGGUCCGUGUCGAAGCAGUCUGUCCUGAAACAGGGAGUGGACUCCAUGGACUCAGACAUCUUCGUUGGGCAGUCGGUGUCCGACAAGUCCGACAAAUCGUUGAAGCAAGUUGUCUUUGGCGAGAUGCCAAUACGAAGCAGUCGUGGUCGGUGGAGGCCGCUUUUCCCCAGCAUGGCGGAAUCUACCUUCAGCCCGUCGGCCUCGAUGAGCUGCAGUGUUGCAUCUGUUCGAAGACUUGGCUCACAGAAGUUCGUCUUUGAGUCGGAGGAGGAUGCGCAGCGGAGCUUGGCCGAGGACAUCAAAAGUCACAGCAAGUACCUGUGCCUGGCAGUGCAGACGAGCCCAAAGCUGGAUCGCUCGGCGUCACCAUGCUUGUCCGGCUUGUCCAUGGGAAGUCAGAAGAGUCACCUCUCUGUUCCAGAAGCUGCCAAGGAAGCCUACAGGCGUCCAAGCACCACCAGCGCUAUGUCCGAUGUCUCUGACUCGAGGGCCAACCUAAGCCAGCAAAGCAGCUUGGAGAGCUGA